AUGACUUUGAAAGAGCUCAAAGGACAACUCGUUGUUGUCAUCGUUGCCCUGUUGACGACCUUUAUCGCCUACACAUCACAAAUAUUUGUCAUUUGGAACUUUCUUGGAGGCGCCAGCUUGCACACGCUCUUGAUCCUUAUCCCUCUCAAUGUAUUCAUCAUUCUACUGUAUAUCAACUAUGCACUUGUUUGCUUGACCGAUCCUGGUUGUGUGCCAGAAAAUUGGGUGCCGGAUACUCAAACACACAUGGAAGUAAAACGGUCAACACACGAGCCGCGUUUCUGUAAAACAUGCAACAAUUACAAACCACCCCGCACCCAUCAUUGCAGUACUUGUGGUCGAUGUGUCUUGAAGAUGGAUCAUCAUUGUCCUUGGAUCAAUAGCUGUGUCGGCUUCCACAAUUACGGCCACUUUAUUCGCUUCAUCACCUAUAUCGAGAUCAGCGCUAUUUACCUCUUUGUCCUCCUUGGAUGCAGGCUGGCCCAAGUCAUCCAUCAAAUGAAUGAGUACAAUGUACAUCCACCCACCCUCGAAGCGGCAUUUCUUGCAAUCAAUCUCAUUCUCUCUUUUGCUGCCAUUGUCACGGUCGGCAUUUUGAGUGGAUACCAUGUCUAUUGUCUCACUACCAAUACCACCACCAUUGAAGGAUGGGAAAAGGGCACUGCAUUAACCAUGAAAAGUCAUAGUGGCAAAAUUAGCGAUGUCAAGUAUCCAUACAAUCUCGGUUGGUAUCGCAAUGUGUGUGCGGUGCUUGGAAAUCAACCCUUGUUUUGGAUGUGGCCACAGCGUAUGCAAGGUAAUGGCUUGUACUUUCCCAUGCGGUUACAAGAAGGAGGAGAAAAACGAGCAUCGACCCUUAUGCAUGAAGAUACGAGUGAAUUUGCCACACUCGUUCGCAAGCCAUCCAGGCUGCAUACGCGUGCUAGUACAAGCAGCAAUUUACGCGUUCCGACAACACCUGCAUCCGUCCUCACAUUCAAUACCACAUCCACCCUUGUCGAUCCCCUCUUUGCCGCAAAAUUACCGAGCUCCUCCACCAAAGAAACUGCCAUCGAACUCCCUUGUCGGUAG